AUGUCUGAUACACUCUCUGACGCGGAUAAGAUCCGCAACAAGCGCCUCUUAAAGCUUGGAAAUCCAUCCUCAUCGUCACAAAACGCAGGAGCCUCAGAAUCGACUCCAAGUUCGCCCUCGUCGCCUUCACAGUCUAGCCCGUCUGCUCAGCAAGCCUUUGAAGCCCCGCAAACACAGAUCAACAUCAGCAGCAUACCGCGCUCGCAGACAUCGUCGCCUCGACCAGAGUUGCAGCAGGCAGAAGGGAAGCGAAUCAAGAUCACACCAUCUGCCCCUGCCAGCCCUGCGCCGGACCGGUCAUUAACCGCUACACCUGUGUCGAAUACCCCUCCGCCUCCGAGAGCGGAGGAAACCCUUGAGGCUUUCGAGGAUCGUACCCUGAGCGCCGUCUUCAAACUCAGCUUGAGGGAGGAUCGACAGCGGGAUAUCCAUGGACACAAGCUGACGUACCUUCCUGGUCUGCGGAGUGAGCUCGAGGACCAGGGGCGUGAGCCGCGUAUAGAUACCUCUGUUCUGGACCAGGCGCUCCUGGAAGCGGCCUCGAAUGCCCAGCAGAAGCCGUUGGAUUAUCUGCUGCCGUGCUGGAGACGCAUCUCGAGGCUGUUCAAGGGCUUCCGCCGUGUUCGCGACGAUGAUCCCAAGUUCAAUGUCAUCUGCGAGGCCCGGCGCCUGUGCAUGAGCUAUAGCAUCUUUGCGAUCACGAUGCCAGAGAUGUUCGGACUCGAGCCAUCUGAGAAAUCGCCGCUCAAGCCGUAUCUUCUCCUGGAUCCCGAAGAGGACAAGGGUGUCGAUCUUGAAUUCUUAAGCGAGGCCGUCAAGCGGUUCGAAGAAGAUGACAGUCUCAAACCGGCUUUCCUAGCAGCUGUGGAAGAGAUGAGUCGUGAUCUCGCCUCCAUGACUAUUAAUGAUGAUUACAAGCCUUACAUGACGGCUCUGCGGAAUCUGGUUGGCCAUGCGGUCAUUGCAGCUGCCAUCACGGAAUCAUCCAUCUUCAAUGCUUCUCGCGAUCCGGCAUCGUUUGAGAAGGAUACACUCCUGGGGCCUUGGUUUCGUCUAUCGCCGCUGCAGGGCGACGUGACCAUGUCAUACUUCUCGAGCCCCAAAACCCGGGACCAGUCAUAUAUCAUGAAUGCGCAGCGGUCCCUCAGAAUGAUGCAGCAGAUGCUUAGCUCGGAUCUCUUCGACAUCAUCAAUCACAUGAUUCGCGCCCACAAGGAUGCGAGGGAAAAAGUAUUAGAUUGGUUCGCAGCUGCUUUGAACAUUAACCACAAAAGAAGAGCCAUGCAGGUGGAUCCUACCACGGUAUCAUCCGAUGGGUUCAUGUUCAAUCUUACUACGUGUCUGGACAAGCUCUGUGAGCCUUUCAUGGACGCGAGUUUCACAAAGAUUGACAGGAUCGAUGCGGGAUAUCUGCAUCGGAACCCCCGUGUUGACAUGAAGGACGAGACCAAGAUAAAUGCCGAUCAGCAUGCCUCUGAUGCUUUCUACUCAAAACAGGAAGAGGGAACUACGAACUUCAUUACGGAGAUAUUCUUUCUGACCGUUGCCGCCCAUCAUUACGGCAGCGAGUCCCUGACAUCGAAGCUGGAUCAGCUGGAGAAGGAUCUUCGACAUAUGGAGGGCACCAUCCGGAGGUUUGAGCUGGAGCGGCACCGAUGGAUCAGCAACCCAAUGCAGCUCCGGGUGUUCGAGCAGGCCUUGAAGAAAUAUAAGGACAAGCUGGAUCUUGGUUUGGCCCUGAAGUAUAGUCUGCAGGGUGUCUUGUUCGACGACCAAUGGCAGGCUCGCUCAAUGCUCUUCAUGAGAUACGUCAUUGUCUGGCUGCUGAGGCUUGUGUCCGGCGUGAAUUUCCCCAAGGAACCUAUCAAGCUUCCCCUUCCGGAGCAGCGACCGGAGCUCUUCAGCUGCCUGCCUGAGUACUUUGUGGAUGACGUUGUCAGCAACUUCAAGUUUAUCAUGUGGUGCAUGCCCCAGAUCAUUACCGCAACGCAGGGCGAUGAGCUGGUCAUGCUCUGUAUCACCUUUUUGGAGAGCUCGGGAUACAUCAAGAACCCCUAUCUGAAAGCGGGCCUGAUUUCGAUUCUUUUCCGAGGAACGUGGCCUCGCCCUGGUGGCGGCCGUGGUGUCCUGGUCGAUCUGCUGAACUCACUGCCCUUUGCUAACGAAAAUCUGCUGCAUGCUGUCAUGAAGUUUUAUAUUGAAGCCGAACAUCUGGGGACGCACAACCAGUUCUUCGACAAAUUCAAUAUCCGCUACGAGAUCUUCCAGAUUAUCAAGUGCGUCUGGCCCAACACUCUAUAUAGGAACAAGUUGUACAAUCAGUCUAAGCAGAACCUGGACUUUUUUGUUCGCUUCGUCAAUCUGCUUUUGAACGAUGUGACAUACGUGCUGGAUGAGUCUUUUGGCGCCUUCAUCACGAUUCACACUACGCAGAUGGAACUCGCCCGCAGUGGAAGCACAAUGGAUCCUCAGGAGCGUCAGCAAAAAGAGGAGCAUCUCGCUUCGUCUCAGCAGAAGGCCAAAUCUUACAUGCAGCUGACGAACGAGACGGUUUCUAUGCUCAAGCUGUUCACAGAUGCACUGGCUGACUCGUUCACUAUGCCUGAAAUCGUGCAGAGAUUGGCAGACAUGCUCGAUUACAAUCUGGAUGCCAUGGUUGGCCCGAAAAGCUCCAGCCUGCGAGUUGAUAAUUUGCAGGAAUACGGAUUUAACCCGCGAGCUCUGCUGAGUGAGAUCGUCGAUGUGUAUCUCAAUCUGACGAGCAAGGAGAAUUUCAUUAUCGCCGUUGCGCGGGACGGUCGGUCCUACAAGCCGGCCAAUUUCCAAAAGGCCGCAGACAUUCUGCGUAAAUGGUCCCUCAAGUCUCCUGAGGAGCUCAAGAAAUGGGAACAGCUGCAGACCAAAGUACGGGCGGCCAAGGAAGCCGAUGAGCAAGCGGAGGAGGAUCUUGGCGAGAUUCCCGAUGAGUUUUUGGAUCCUUUGAUCUACACCUUGAUGGAAGAUCCGGUCAUCCUCCCUGGAUCAAGAGUAUCCAUCGAUCGUUCCACUCUGCGGUCUCAUCUUCUGAGUGACCCCCACGAUCCGUUCAACAGAGCUCCUCUCAAGAUGGAGGAUGUGAUUCCUGAUACGGAGCUCAAGGCCAAGAUCGAGGCUUUCAAGGCCGAAAGGCUAACGGGGCGGCGACAGCCUUUAGUGUCGACUGUGUCCGAGACAAUGGAUACAUCGACCGAUUGA